GUGUCAACGCCUCACAGCCAUGUAACUGCCAGUCCCUCAACCCAUGUCAGUCCAGCACCCAGCCGUCGGAUAUUGGAAGAGUCGUACAUUGAGGAACAAACAUCAUCCGACCCAGUUGAGGGAAUGACCCAUGGCGAAGAGGAGCGGGCUUCAGGCAUGGCUGCCGUAAUAAGGCGCAAGUACUUCAUACACACUUGAUGUUCACACAGGAAAAGUGUAUUGGGUAUAAAACUAAAAUGAAUUUCAUCUCAAUUCUACCUGUAGUCCUGGAGGAACAAAAAAGGCUCCUAUUGAGGACGACGGAUGACACAAAAAGAACCAUGGAAGAGCACAUGGGGCGAAUGACUAGGAGAAUGGAGGCUAUGGAGAGGAGGAUGGAGGCUAUGGAAAGGAGGAUGGAGGGUAUGGAGAGGAAAUCAGAGACAUUGGAGGCUGCUGUGGUCUCGAACCCGUCUCAGCCUCCUCUGCAGGAAGAUGUGCUGUUGGGCCUAUGCAGCACAGUGGAAGAGCUGGAGGAGCUAGACAGGAGUCUGGCUCAACCAGAAAGAAGGAACCAAAUGAAACGUUUCCUUGAAAGCCUGGGAGGGGUGAAUCCGGGGGCAGCCAUUCGUCGCAUUCUACGCCAGGUAGCUACCAACAAUGUCCUGGCGCAGUACAGCCUGAGGGGGAGGAGAGCAAAAAAGCCUUUCCAGAACUUAACCCUUUGCAAAAUUAUAACGGAGGCCUGCAUGCAGAACUUCCCUGGCAAGAAGGUAGCUGAUAUUGAGGAGUGCAUUGGGCAUGCACUGAAGUUUGCACCACACAGACGGUCAGCUGGUCCUCAAGAUUGAAGACGUACACCAACUUCUAUGCACAUGCACCCGUUUUUGGCA